CCUCAUCUCAUGGGGUUAAAAGCCAAUGUAAGUCAGACAAACACAGGUGUAUGUAGGCUAAUUUAUUUGUGAGUGGGCAACAUUUGAAAUUAACCACAGCAUAUCAGUAACAGUGAUACCGUGCAAAAAGACUGACUUAAAUGCAAUGAUUUGGUUAAAAAUCGUUGGCAGAAGAGGACAGUUCAACUUCCUCCUGUUGACAAAAUUUUCGCCAUUAAACUGGAGAGUUGUCGACGGUAGAGGUCGCUGUUACUCACGUGUAAGACAAAAACAUUCGUGCUUUACUUUGUUGUUCGACGGCUUGUGUUCUGACUCUGAGCUUUAUCUUUUGGCACCGAGAAAGUCAACACAAAGUGGGGUACAAUACGUUCGAAAAGGACAAGAAGCUGGGCAGUGUUUAGCUUCCAGAUUUUACAGUUUGGGUCCGAAGAAAACCUCAAGGAAAAUGCCGAAAAGAAAGAGUGAUGGUGGGCCUGAAGCUCAAUCUGAUGUAGGUCCCGAUGCUGCCGAGAAUGGAACAACAAAGAAACCAAAGGCAGAGAAGAAGGACCCUAACGCUGAUGCAAUUGCAGCUCUUAAUGUUCCAGAAAAAUACACGACCGACAGGAAAUCGGAGGAGGGAAAUGAGUCCAACCUGAAAAUUGCUUCAUGGAAUGUGGCUGGAUUAAGAGCUUGGAUAAAGAAAGAUGGAAUCUCCUACAUCGCUAAGGAAGAUCCCGAUAUCUUUUUUGUGAUGGAAACGAAAUGUGCCGACGAUGCCAUCCCUGAGGUGACUAAAGUAGAAGGGUACCAUACAUACUGGCAUGGUGCUGCCGUUAAGAAAGGCUACUCAGGAACUGGAAUGUUUACAAAGAAAGAACCAAUAAGCGUCAAAUACGGAAUAGGUAUUGAAGAACACGACGGUGAAGGUAGGGUCAUCACUGCCGAGUUUGAGGACUUCUAUUUUGUCGGCUGCUAUGUGCCCAACUCCAGUCGGGGACUAGUGAGGUUACCAUACAGGAAAGAGUGGGAUGUAGCUUUCCACGAGUACCUGGUGAAUCUUGAUAAGAAGAAGCCAUUAAUUUUUUGUGGAGACCUCAAUGUUGCCCACCAGGAGAUCGAUUUAAAGAAUCCUAAACCAAACCGCAACAAGACGCCAGGCUUCACCGAUGACGAGCGAGAAGGUUUCACAAAACUUCUUGAUGAAGGCUUCGUGGACUGCCUCAGGCAUCUAUAUCCCGACAGGGAAUUUGCCUACUCCUUCUGGACCUACAUGGGAAACUGCCGAGUCAAGAAUGUUGGAUGGCGUCUGGACUACUUUGUGAUCUCAAAGCGUCUCCUACCGAAGCUAUGCGACUCAGAUUUAAGAACUUGGGUACCUGGUAGUGACCACUGCCCUAUCACACUGGACAUGGCUAUGUGAUGGAGAAUGCUGUAGAUGUCGAAAUAACGGCCUGGGGUACUAUCCACCUGCGCAAACAGAUAGCUACCUUUACGCACAAUAGGUUGUUAUCGUUGGAACAACUGGUUGCCCAAUUUGUGAGGUCAGCAGGGCGGCGUUCUGUAAUGAAGGUGGCGACACCGUACGUAUUCUUUUGUAACGUUGUUUCUUGCUGUAUUGAAGAUGUUUUAUUUUGAAGCCCUCUUUUGACAUCAUGACAUCAUCUUAUUAGUUUGUUAUUUCAACUCCAUGUGACUGCGUUUACCAACCAUGAAACACAAAUUAUCUUCACAUCAAGAAAAUAAUAAUGUCCACUUACCAUUCGUUUAUCUUGUUGUCCGCCAAUUCAAAACCACCAACCAACACCUCAGAGGUAUUUUCACCUAUGGUUGCUAACAUUCGCCAGCAACUCGUUCCAUUCUUAAAUGGUUGGCAAACAAUGUCAACGUUGCAAGUGGAAUGCACCCCUGGUAUGUAACAGAUGCUAAGGGUAUUACCCAGUAUCUGAACAAAUUCUGUUUGACAAAUUUCUUUAAGAACAGGGUUCACCAUGUUUUUUUCGACUGCCACAGAUGUGACUUUUAUAUAUACAUUGUUGGGGGAAAUUAUCUGUAUGAACACAGACAAAGCUAUUUUAUCUAUCACAAAAUAAAACCAAAGAAUUAAAUCAUGAACAUUCAGAGAAUAAAAUUGGAAUGGUGAAUUUUAAUUACUAUAUUAUAAGUUUAGAAAUAAGUUACUUUGAACAACUUACCAGAGAGUCGAAUACCAUGGUAACAUGAAACAAGAAAACAAAAUUCUUUCCCCCGCUUGCCCCCCCCCCCUCCCAAUGGCCAUUUGAUAC